AUGGCUUGUUGCGGUGGUGCUAUUUCUUCCGACAUGCGGGCAACCGUGACCGAGGUGCCUGCUACCUCGAACGCUACUGGCCCGGGAUACAGCAUCCAGGGCUACGAGGACCUCAAGUACACUUACUCGUUCGUUGACAACGUCUUCGACCAGAAGAAGGAGGACCUUGCCUCGUACUACCAGAAGUGGGGUCGUGUCCUCUGCGUUCUCGACGAGAAUCUCAACGAGCUGUACGGCUCUUCGAUCAAGGCCUACUUCAACGCCCACAACAUCAAGCCCACUCUCCACGUCUUCAAGGGCGGUGAGCUGCACAAGACCAUGGACACCAUGCUCGGCUUUGUCGAUGCCAUGGACAACUUUGGUCUGAUUCGCAAGGAGCCAGUACUUGUCGUCGGGGGUGGUCUCGCCUCGGAUGUGCUCGGAUACGCCUGUGCCUCUUACCGCCGAAGCACCAACUACAUCCGAGUAGGCACCACGCUGAUUGCUCUGAUCGACGCUGCCAUCUCGAUCAAGGUGGGCAUCAACCACAAGAAGCUCAAGAACCGUCUGGGUGCCUACCACGCUCCCAUGCACACGUUCCUCGACUUUGACUUCCUCAAGACGCUGCCCAUCGGCCAGACACGUAACGGCACUGCUGAGCUGAUCAAGAUCCUGCACUGUACGGAUAAGUACACGUGGGGUCUGCUGGUCAAGUACGGUGAGGACCUGGUCAACACUGCGUACGGGCGCAAUGCCACGGGUCCAGGGGCUAAGGAGCUCAAGGAGGCUGCGGACACGAUCUGCCGCAACGCGAUCAAGGGCAUGCUCGACCUCGAGUCACCCAACCUGCACGAGAUUGGUCUGGACCGAGUGAUUGCCAACGGCCACUCGAUCUCGCCCACGCUUGAGCUUGCUCCCUUCCCGCCUCUCCGCCACGGCCACGCCGUUACUAUCGACAUGGCCUGGUCCGUCACUCUUGCGCACAUGCGCGGCUACAUCACCGACGCGGACCGCGACGAGUGGUUCGGCCUCGCCGCCAGCGUGGGACUCUCGGUCGACCACCCCUUGUUGACGGACCAGCUGAUCCUCGAGGGCAACGAGGCCAUCAAGAAGACACGUGACGGUCUGCAGCGCUUUGUGCUCGCCAAGCCACUGGGCACGUGUGUGUUUGCUAACGACAUCUCGGAAGACGAGUUCAUCAAGUCGCUCGCCGUGCACAAGGCCUACGUCAAGAAGAUCGGCCGCGGCGACGGCGUGGGCCUCGAUGCCUACGCUGACGCCGGUGACUUGGGCGCCGAUCCUGAGGCGCUGCUCAAGGAGCGCAAGGCCGAGGUUGCCCGUCUUAAUGGUGCUCACGCCUCCGAGUCGAUCGCCUCCAAGGUCACUCACCAGGCUGCCAAGGCUGUUGCUGCUUGA